AUGCCACCUCCCGAUACUGCAGGCAGAUUCUUCGCCUCAUCCAUGCAUCCACACACGCUGGGACACACGCGGGGGCUUUGGUUGUGUUGUGUGGCUUUUGCAGGGACGGACUCAGCUCACGGCAGCACCAUGGGCAAGCGCCACUAUGGGGUCGGCACGUACACGAGCGGCAUGAUUCACAAGGGGCUCGAGACGGCAAACACCCGCCAGAAUCUCCAGAACUACUUCGGAAAGGGCAAGAGGCAGGUUCCGUAUCAUCUGGCCGCGGGGCAGGUGGACACGACGAGAGUGCUGCCCGUGGAGCGCCCCAAGGGCCAUGAGCAGCCCUUCCUCGGCAGCCAGAAUGUGCAGUGGACGCUCACAACACCCGACAAUACGUGCACCAGGCAGAAGACCAUCGCUAAGUUUGACGAGCGCAAGUACGAGCAGGCCACCAAGAAGCAUCCACGAUGCCCCUACCCUCCCUACAACGUGAGCUAUCCCUGCAUUGCAAGAAAGCCACUUCUUCCCCUUUUCCUCCCAUCAGGUGGUCCCUGCUGGCGCCGAUUUCACGACGACUGCUCACAAGCUGCAUGCCAGCAUCGCCCCCAAGGCCAACUGGGCAUUGAGUGCAACCGGCGAGCCGCGAGAGGUGCGGCCUCCCUUGGACCCCGUCGCACAGGGGGAGGAGACCCGCGUGACGUUCAAGGACGACAAGUGCAGCAAUAGCCCCCACGGCAACGAGAAGGCCAUGGGCAUGACAGGCUACAUGGACCCCGCCACGAUGAAGCGACAGCGCGGGCCAGAAAUGGAGAACACUAACACCAUGUCCGGCUACCCUUCUGUCCCUGCUGGCAUGUACGGCUACCGUGAUCAGGUCCUCCGCAUGCAGGACACUCGGGUAUGUAACCGACGGGCGGCAGGUUCUUCUCUUCCCUGCGUGUCGAUUGAUCGAUUCUUGCGUGAAUCAGGUUGGCGACACGAUGCGCCGCCCCAGCGGCUGUCCGCCCCAGCUGGAGUUCAAGGACACCAAGCAGGACCUCGGCACCAUGGAGCAGCUCGGCUACACGCUCCCGCCAGACACACAGAUGCACUACCACCAGCACGCCCCUCGUUACGACCAGACGCCCCAGCGGCCUGGCUAUGGCACUGGCGGCCGCGGCUUCCCGGCAGGCAUGUACGGAUUUCGCGAGAAGAUCUACACCGCCCAAGACACAAAUGUGCGUGAGUGAUACAGGGCAUGGAAACGGGGAGACAUACCAUACACGGAUUUCCCUUCCUUGUGUCGUGUCAGGUUGGCAAUUGUAUGUACCAUCGCGGCCCUUCGGAGCCUCUCGAUCACCACCAGCACCACCAUGAGCAUCAUCACCAUCAGCAGAACCAUCAGCAACAGCCGUAUGUCCACCCUGUCCAGGAGACCCACCAUGAGCACCACCACGAGCACCAGCACCAGCACCAGCAUCUCCAUCCCCAGGAGACCGCCGUCAUGCAGACCAUCCAUGAGCAUCAAGAGGCCCCGCCUGCCGUCGAGACGGCCACAGGCACAGGGGGUGGCUACGCCUCCAUCGGCCAGGCCAACAACAUCAAGACCAACCAGCUGCCUCCCCGCCCCCAGACAGCCAUCGGCACCGAGUACAAGCACCAUCCCGGCAUGGCCCCCGCGGGCAUCGCGAUUCACUCCGGCCACACGAAGGACUUCAUCGCGCCGUCGGCCCACGUGAUCAAGGGCUUCAACCGCUUCAACACCAGAGACAGCAUGAUGGGCUACUUUGGCCGCGGCAAACGGGGCGGCGACCCGAUGGAGUGCUACAUGCCGGAGGUGGUGCACAUCCCCGACUACCCGCCCGGAGAAUGGAAGCCCGUGGAAGCACCCAGCAAGGAAAACGCAUACCGAUUCAGGGCAAGGCAGAGACACAAAGAUGCAGGCGAAGAGACACCUGCGAAUGAUGUGUUCCUUUUGUCUCACUCUCAGCCUGCCGGCAUCGUUGCUCGUCGCGACAACAUCGAUGAGUGCAUCCGCCCUACCGUCGGCCUUCAUGCAGGUCAGCCAGCCCCCUGUGCUCUCCUUGGUGUCUUACGUGCAUGUCUCAUGAUUGAAUCCAUUGCAGGCAGCAUCACCCAGACGUCUCCCUAUGCGUAUGCGUCCAUCCACGGCGACCCGUCUUGGGGCCAGAACAAGCAGAGCGGCAAGGCACGGACCACUGGGUACGGCGGCUGUGCGGGCCUUGCAAGCAUGCCCAUGCCUCCUGAGGCCGCACAGGGACGACCCCCUCAGGACGACUGAAGAGGCAUACGCAGACAGG